AUUCGAUGACGAAGAAUUACGAUAUGCUAUGGGCGAAGAGGAGGAAGACAUUUCGGACGACCUGUCGCAGGACAACACUAACCAAUCGAAACCAAACUUUUCCUUCCUUCCUUCACAUCAGCAUUCGAGUCCGCGUUCUAAGCAAACGAAUGCAACCACCGGCGGCAGGGAGCACCGCAUAUCGAGCACGCCAAUCCUACCAAACUCGGAAACCAUUUCAACGUCGUCUGCGGCCACGAGUUUAGACCAAAGUUCCCAACCGUUGACAAAGGGCAAAUCGGGACGCCGAAAGCAGGCAGCUCCCCGAAAUUUCAAACUCAUUAAGGAUAUUGUUCAUCUGCAAAGCACCGUGCAUAAUCUGAUUCCAAAGAUGUCCUUCGGACGCCUCAUACGCGAAAUUUUGAUCGAAUAUUCCAAUUCUCAUCUGAAAGUUACGCGCGACAUGCUGCUGUGUUUGCAAGAGGCGGCCGAAAUAUAUGUUGUCCAGGUGUUUGAAGAUGCCUAUCGUUGUACGCUCCACCGAGGACGAGUAACGCUCCUUCCAAAGGACAUACAAUUAGUCUUGUUCAUACAGGGAAACAUGAAAUGA